AUGAAGGACUGCCGCUCUGCUGUCACACGGGCAGAGGCCGCCGAAACCCAGCUGCGCAAGGUUGAGCACAGUGGCGCGACUGCUGAGCAGAGCCAGCAGAAAAUAUCCGAACUGCAGACUGAGAUCGAACGCUUGCACCAUGAGAUAGCGGUGCUCAAGGACCAUCUGAAUGAGAGCAUGCGUCGGUUGCGCGAAGAGAGCAGCGAGUUUAACUUGGACAAGCGCGUCAUCACUAAUCUUAUCGUGGGAUUUUUGGCGCUGCCGUACGGCGACUCUAAGCGUUUCGAGAUUCUGCAGCUGAUGUCCAGCAUCCUACAGUUUUCCGAGGAGCAGCAGCAGAAGGUCGGUUUGAUUCGCAAGGCCGGUUGGCGAGCGUCGGUGCAGCAGUCGUCCCAUCCGGGCACACCAGUGCCGGAAUCGGCAGACGCUCAGGCUUCGCAGCUCGAGACCAAGGACUCUUUUAGCGACCAGUGGAUAUCGUACUUGCUUCGAGAGUCGAGCAGCACCCGCGCUCGGCGCGCAUAG